ACUUCACAAUGUAGCCCCGAUUCCAGGCUGUCAUUCACAGAAAAUGGGAAAGGAACAAGGGACAGAAGGAAGGUGCAGAAGCCAGCGAGAACACAGAGUAAGGAGGGAUCAUCGCAUCCACUUGGUGGCCUGAAGCCUCCAUGCCACCGGGUGAGGAAGGACUCACAGACAUCCAGAGGAGAAGCCAAAGAUGUUGACCAGGAAGAUUAAACUCUGGGACAUAAACGCCCACAUCACUUGCCGCCUGUGCAGCGGCUACCUCAUUGACGCAACUACAGUGACUGAGUGUUUGCACACAUUCUGCAGGAGCUGCCUGGUGAAGUAUCUGGAGGAGAAUAAUACCUGCCCCACUUGCAGGAUCGUGAUCCAUCAGAGCCACCCACUACAGUAUAUUGGUCAUGACAGAACCAUGCAGGACAUUGUUUACAAGCUGGUACCAGGCCUCCAGGAAGCGGAAAUGAGGAAACAGAGAGAAUUCUAUCACAAACUGGGCAUGGAGGUACCAGGUGACAUCAAGGGGGAGGCGUGCUCAGCCAAACAGCACUUAGAUCCCCGAAAUGGUGAAACCAAAGCAGACGACAGUUCCAAUAAAGAGACAGCAGAAGAGAAGCAGGAGGAGGACAAUGACUACCACAGGAGUGACGAGCAGGUGAGCAUCUGUCUGGAAUGCAACAGCAGCAAACUACGGGGCCUGAAGCGGAAGUGGAUCCGAUGCUCAGCCCAAGCCACAGUGCUGCAUCUGAAGAAAUUCAUCGCCAAGAAGCUCAAUCUCUCCUCCUUCAAUGAGCUGGACAUUUUAUGCAAUGAGGAGAUCCUGGGCAAGGACCACACUCUCAAGUUCGUGGUUGUUACAAGGUGGAGAUUCAAGAAGGCACCCCUCCUGCUACACUACAGACCCAAGAUGGACUUGCUGUAAGCCCAGCCAGACUCAGCCCACACCCAGUGUUCUACACGGCAAAAUGUGCCGUGGAAUGUUGCCUCUGGGUGCCAUGUGGACCAGAUUUCUGAAUAGAGAAUAUUUAUAACUUUUGUAUGAGAGAAUCCACUCCCAACAAGACACUACCAGCACGCGUUUACAGAGGAUGAAAACACUUCGCAGUUUGCUCGUCUCUGCUUCAGGUCCCCAGGCCAGAGAAUAAGUGAAAUAGUGACACGUUUCCACACCACGUCUGAAUACAGCACCUCUGCUUGCUUUCCAGGUCUUGAGAAUCAGAGUUUGUUUUGGUUUAAUUCGUGGAUUAGUUUUCAUGAUAAGCCUCAGAAAUACUUGUACUUUCAUUAAGUCCUUCCUAAGUUAUUGAAAGUCUUUUUGUGGUAUAUAUUUAUGUUGCCUUUAGCUUCCUGAAGACUUAAGAGAUAUAUAAAAAUUUAAUUUAAAGUAUACCCAAAGAGGCUUGCAGUAAUACUAUUAUUUAGCCAUGGUGUUUAAUUUCCCACUUUCUAGAGUACAGCAGAGGCCCAUUCCCAAGUUUGAUUGAGUCUUGUGCUGUGCACCCUGGGAUGGUGGUCUGUGCUGGGUGGGCAAGGCAAGACCCUUCAUCACUCCCCAAUGUCGUGUGGCUGCAAUUCCGGCACCCUCGGUAAGGCAAACUAGAGGUGGUUUGGCCAGUGCAGCGCUGGCUUGUUGAAAAGUUCUUGAGAUAAUUAUCCUUGGAAAUGCCAUCACUGAAGUUCCUGCCUUUCCCUUUUUGUUUUUCUUCUGCUAGCAAGAUGUGGUGGCUAUGUUUGUCACUUAUCAAACAGCACAAGCCAUCCUGUGGGGAGACCUUAUGAAGACACUUGGGAGGCAGCCUCUAGCUUCCAUGUCCCUGGUAGUUGGUAUUCCCAGGCUUGCCUUCCCGCUCAUGGGGUUAACAUGCAUUCUUUGGGCCCCUUUUUCAGGAAAGGUAACUGAGCUACCUGUUCAGCAGAAGUUGCUUUUUUAGUCACAGACAGGAUACUUACUAUUUGUUAACCUGCCCCUUCACAUGUAAUUUUUGUUUUUUUUUCGCUGGGUUAGAGAGUAAGAUGCCAACAUAUCCAACUUUAUUCUCUCUUGAAAGGGGUAUGAAGGCAAGAGUAAGGAGAAGGGGUACUGCCCUGGGGUUCCCAGGGACCUCUCUCAGUCUGGGUACCCUCUUACACACCCCCCCCCACCCAUGGGAACUGCAGAACCCUGUAAUCCCAGCGGUGGGCAGAUGAGGAUUUUAGUGUGUCCCUUGGGGCCAGGAUUUCUGAGUCUUCGCCUUAGCAACUGGAAUUUUUCUUGGAUUUGCUUUGACAGUUGGGAUUGGGUUUAUCAGCACCCUUGUUUUCUUCUACUUCCUCUUUCACUUACACAGUGUCAGAAGCAGCGACUAGUGAGACCCAAUGUUACUAAGAAUAAAACAUCCAAAUUAGCUCAACCUUUAAUGUGUGACCUUCUAAAACAAAAGCAAGCUCUUUGUUUAGAAUUGAUCAAAAUUCACCUCUAUUUAAGCCCAGGACUGUUUGGACUAUUCAGUUUCCUGAGUUUGCUAUUCAUCCAAAUCAUUUCUAGAGUUACUAUACAAGGGUUUAUGCGUAAAUAUUACCUGUCUACCUCAGAACACAAGUGCUGCUGAAGCAUUCUGCAAGACCGUGUUCUCACAAUGCAGUUACAUUAGAAUUUAGGUAUUUUCCCAUGUGGUGAAAUUAAAGAAGAGUUAAACAGUUAGAAACUUCCAAAUUAAAAUAAAGUUAAUUUACAGUUCAGAUCAAACUUAGUAUGGCUGUAUAAUCUCAUGAUAUAUAUUUGUAACUUUGUAGCUACUUUUAGAACCACUUGACUUUGCUAUGGUGCUAAGUUGAUAGAUCUACGUAUUCAGCGAGGCGGACAUUGCACCUGACGUCCCAGCUGGGCGCCACUGCCCCAACAGCCCUGCUUCUGUCACCACGCUAACCUGAUAAACCUCAGCAGCAAAAAUACCUAUUUUUCUAAGAUUCCAUCAUACGCCUGUCUGUACUGCAGACAGUUUCCCGAUGCCCUUCUGCCCUUUGAUCUGACCUGUAGCCUUACCUCGCUCAUAGAUGAAGCAGAGUGAGCUUGCGUCAGAUGGAAGUUUCCAGGCGCCUGGUUUCACUCCUGCCAAGCUCCAUGUGACAUCCAAGGCCAAAUUUUAUUUUUCCAGCAUGAACACUAGGAUCAGUUGGUGAUUGGUCCUGUCCAGCUUUUUUUCCAGCGUGAACAUUAGGAUCAGUUGGUGAUUGGUCCUGUCCAGCUUUCUCAGCAGGUGGAGCUCCUGUGAAGUUGUUUUCAUAGCUGCCGAUGCUAGCAAUCGGUGUGUCCAACCGGCAGCCCCGGGACCAGCCUCCCAGCAAGUGGUCUCGCUUAAUACCGUUUUCACAAAAAUAGAAAACUCAGAUAGAAUAUAUAAUAUUGAAUUUAAGAUUUGGGGGGUUAAAAAAGAAAACUUAACUUUAUAAAAUUAUUUAUUCUAUUUUAAGCCUUCUAUCAUAUUUUCCCAUCCAGUUGUUUGGUUUCUGUGGUCCAGCUUUAUUUACAGGCAUAUAAGAUAAAAUUGUGAGAUGUUUUGCAAGCUUCUUUUACUUUAUGUAGCCUUUGGUUUGUAUGUUUUUAUAGGGAUGAAGAGCAUUUUUAUGCUUUUGUGCAAUAGGCUCCAACAUGCAUUUAUUAGAGUGUUUAAAUUGUGAUCUAGCAUCGAUUCUACUAAAUUGAAAGGGAAUAUAGGUGGAAUUUCAAUAUCUGUGCAUUCUUUGGUUUUGCCUUUUCCACUGUUAUAAGAAUGCUGUUAUUGGGAUUGCAAGUGUGUGUGUGUGUGUGUGUGUGUGUGUGUGUGUGUGUGUGGAUAUGUUCCAUCAAUAUUAAAAGAUAAGCAGCCAGGCAGGAAGUGAUGAGGUUGGCACCAUGUUAGGCUUGGCAUCUACUGUGGGUACGCCCAAGUCCUUGAGCUGAGUAUGUGGCUGAGCCAUCCUGGGAGUUGGGAUUUCGUUGUCUCCACCUAUAAACCUGGCAGUGCUGCUCUUCGUGGGCCUACUGGCCCCUGAUGCCUGCCCUGGCAUCAGAAUCUUUAGAGGCUGGUGUGUUUUGUUUCUGAGGGCAUACAGGGUGGCGUAUCACAGUGCUCUGAAAUGUAUCAUUAGAUUACAUGUUCCAGGAAUGAGCCAACUGAGUUCUACUUUGUAUAUCAAUAUAUAAUAUGCUCCUAAAACACUUAAAAUAAAUUUAGUACAGAUAGUGACCUCUCUCUCUCUCUCUCUCUCUCUCUCUCUGUCUCUCUUUCUCUCUCUCUCUCACACACACACACACACACACACACACACACACACAGCCAGUAUCUGUUUCCUCAGGAAAUCAUUUAAACCCCAACACAUCACAGGUGACCUUAACAUGAAAAUAACUCUGCCUUGAUAUUACAUAUACCAAGUAAAUAAACUGGGAUACACAGAUUAGAAAAGUCACUUACUUGCACCACUGUCUGCAUAGCUUGCAUUCCUUCAGGCAGGGAGUACUGCCCCCAUCAGGAACAACUGUGUGGUUCUGUGGCUCUCACAACCAGUGUUCCUACUGUCACUUACUCCCAUCCAAGAGCACAUUUGGAGAAAGAACUAAAGUGUGCCCGUGAGAUAUGUGUACUGCUUUAGCAUGUCAGUUCAAGCUCUCAACUUGACACACUUUUCCCAAGUGAAGUAACAUCAUCAGUCACAGGCAGCUGUACCACCUGAGCUCUCACCUGGGAAUGCAGCCACAACUAGCAAUUGUCAUGGUGUAUGAAAUGAUGCAGAUUCAGAGUUUUUGACUGUUUUAAUUUGAAAGUUUACAUUUUUUAUGAUUGUGUUAGUGUGUAAUUUUUGUACCAUCAGUGGCUGGUUUUUGUCUAAAAUCUUUUUUGGAAUAUUGCUUAAUGUUUUGAUUUCAUGAUAGUGAAGCUUGUAUUCAGUGUUUUGCCAAUUAAUAUUAUAUGCUUGUAAUAAAAGCAGAAGAAAAACUUAA